AUGGCCGAAAACAUACCUGACUGGACCAUCCGACCCACCCAAUGGGCCGUCCUCCGCGACCAGAUCGCCGCCACUUCCAAGCCCUCACUCUCCCAGUCGAUCCGGCUCUCAUCAUUCAUCCUCAUCGCCCUUUGCUCGCUCUCCAUCUUCGUCCAUCUCUCCUCCUUGUGGCUCCGCUUGAGCAAGAGAUCUUCCUCCUCAAGCCGUCUCUUCAGCUCCACAAGCUCGGGCUACCAUCAGCCUGACCUCACCCUCAUCCUUCCCCUCAUCUUCCUCAUCAAUGCCAUCCUCAAUCUCGCAUCGCUCUCAAGCCUCUUGUCCGAUGCAAAUCACUUGAAAUUUAAAGCCUACACCAUGGCCAUUCAGCAGUUCAAUUUUAGUCUCCUAUUAUCCGCGGGAAUCCUAAUCACUUGGGCGCUCGUAUGCGGCCUACCACCACUACGGAUCGGAAUGUGUGGAUCCCCAAGAAGUCGCUGGGGCCAACCGAGGAUGGCGUCGAUCGAUUCGCGGAAGCCGAUCAAGCCGUCUAGGCUGCACUCGAUUGUCUAUGCCAGUCUGGCGCUCGUGUUCGUGGUGCCUUUGCCAUGCAUCAUCCUCUCAUCCAAGGCGAUCGAAGACAUCAACAUCCUCGACCGACAACUGCUGCUCACCGUCAAUCAUGUCCUGGAAACCGUCGAGCAACCACCUGCCCGGGAUGUGAUCAGCAAUGCCCUGCAAACGAUCAGCAAACUCGACCAAGUCUCCACCUUCCUCUUCCUCCAUAUCCGCAUGCUCUCAUCCCUCCACCUCUUCCUCACCUUCGCCAUCCUCUCCUCUUGUCUCUGGCUCUCCCUCCACAUCAUCCGCAAAAUACACACCCAUGAUAAGCAGCCUUCGUCUAGUCCUCCUUCGACGGCCGAUCAUCACCCAGCCGAGCCGUUGACCGUCCACGACGAGUCUUACAAGAUCCAUCAGCUGACUCGUCUAGCUGAACCCAAGCCCGCCUUGAUCGUCCAUCCUCAUGGAAAUAUCCCACCCGGACACCCGUCGAUCGAGGUCACCCAUCAUGACAACAACAAUCCCGUCGAUCUCGCCCACUUCGGCCCCACCUCAACCGCCCAUAAUCCCUCCAAACACGCCUCCUCUUACUCCAACCGGAUCGACUCUUUCGCUUCCGAAACCUUUCUCGUCCCCUCUCUCGAGACCGAUCCUCAUCAUCAGCAGGUCCCCCAUCUUGAAGAUCUGAGAGGAUCAUCUCAUCUCGAUAACUACAUCAAGAAACUCAAGUCGAUCUUGAUCCUCAUCGGCACCUGUGGCGCGGGCUUUAUGGUCUUGAACUUUUGUAUCAUGACGAAUUCGUUCAGAUAUCCGGAUGAGAUGUCGAUUGGGGAUCUGUUGAUCUUGAAGCUGGAAUGGUCGACAUGGCUGUGGAACGGCUCGAUAAGCCCAUUGCUCGGCUUGACCAACUGUUACAUCUUAUCGAAAAAGGCUCGGCCUAGCAAGAAGAUCUCUGUUUGGUAAACCUCACCAGCCAAGCUUGGACCACUCACGUCCCC